GCGAACAAGGCCGAGAAGCUUGGGAAGAAUUCUAAUUGUGGCCCGCCGCCAAAAUGGUCUCUCUCUCAGCCUCGCACGCCGUCGCCUUGCCCUGCGUCAAGACUGCGACUUUAUGCACUCACACUUUUUUUUCUUUUUUAGAUAGCUUCUACAGCUUCUACGCAACUUCGUAUCCAUGACUGAGUGUUUCGCAUCGGAAUUUCCGGUGCUCGACCAUUGGCUUCAUGGCGGUAUGCAGGUCGUUGUCGAUCUACCGGGCCUUGCAAACUACCGUAAUCCGGUAAUUCUAGGGCGUUGUACUGUUGUCGUGAGCUCGUGUUUGUGUCGUUGCAAGGUGUUUGUACCACUGCGCAAAAUCUUGCACGAGCGGCUGCGCCCUGCGCCCGACAGCUUCUACAGCAGUACAUUACUCUUAGGCUCAACCUCGGCGAAUCUUUACGGUUGCAGCUUCGCCGCGCGACUCCACCAAGACCCUCGCCUCCCGUAUUUGGUCGAAUAUGGACAUGAUUCUUCCCUGCGUUGGUACGCUAGGCACUUGUGGCAAUCUACAUUGAUUUAUUGGAAACCGCAUCUACACUGUUCGUCAGGUGCCGCGAGCACCAUGGACUUUUCUGCUCGAACUACAAACAAGUGCCUCAUUAUACCCACCAAGUAAACUGCGGCAUCGAGUGCGAAUGCUGACACGCCUGCCUAGGCAGGCGCAAGAUCUAAAGCUAUCAAUUCUUCUCCAUUCGAAUAGGCCCUCCGAUCUCUUGAGCUCUGUUGUAUCGCAAUUGUUUACACAUAUUACCGUAAUUUUAUCCAUACUAAUCAUCAUCACCAGAUUAUCAGAACGUCGAGUCUACGAAAGACAUGUCUGGCCGCCGUUUCUGAACAACCGAGCAGCUACUUCGUCCACGGGCCCUUACCAGAAUUUACGCGACAA